AUGACGGCCAAGACGAAAGACAGAGCACUCUUCUGUUCUGCUACAGAGGACAGUAACGAGGAUUUCAGCGAGGUGAACACCAAGUUCACCAAGUCUCACAAGUUGCAGUCCAAGAUUCAGGCCAAGUCAGCAAGCAGCCCAAUUCACCAGUUCAGCAAGUUCAGGCCAAGUUCAGCCAAGUGUCAGCCAAGGCAGCCAAGUUCAGCCAAGUUCAGCAAGUUCAGCCAAGUAGCCAAGUUUGCAGCAGCCAAUGUUCGAGCAAGUGUUCGCGCCAAGGCCAGUGCAGGCCAGGCAGCCACGUUCACCCAAAUUUCGGCCCUUCACGCGUUAGCAGUAUACAGCCAAGUUCAGCCAGCAGUUCAGCCACAGGCAGCCAGCCAGCCAAUUCAGCCAAGGUUCAGCCAAGUCAAGUUAGCCAAGUGUCAGCCAACGGUCAGCAAGGUCAGCUGGAGACAAAGCUCAGCAAGGCACGAAGGUGCACGACAGGGCAAUUCAGCGAAGGGUCGCAAGGUUCUAGCACGAAGUGCAGCGAUGCACGAGCAGCGAAGGCAAGCAAUGCAGCAAGGUCAGCGAAGGGCAGCGAAGGGCAGCGAAUGCACGAACAGCGAAGGUCAGCGAAUGCAAGUUCGAGUUCAGCGCGAAGUUCAGCAAGAGGGCUCAGGAAGUUCAGGUUCAGGCGAAGCAGCCAAGUUCAGAAGGUCAGCGAAGUUUCAGCGAAUUCAGCGAAGGCACGAAGGCACGAAGGUUCAGCGAAGGCAGCGAGGUCACGAAGGGCAGCGAAUGCAGCGAUUCAAAGCGAAGUGCACGAAGGGCAGCGAAGUCAGCGAAGGCAGCGAAGGCACGAAUGAGCGAAGGGCAGCGAAGGCACGAAGGGCGCGGAAGGCAGCAAGGCAGCGAAGGGCAGCAGGCAGCACGUGCAGCGAAGGUCCAGCAAGUGCAGCGAAAGGGCAGCGAAAGGGCAGCGAAUCAGCGAAGCGUCAGCAAGGGCACAAGGCAGCAAUCAAGGGACAAGGGCAGCAAGCAGCGAAGGCAGCGAAGGCACGAAGCAGCGAAUGCAGCAGGCACGCAAGGCAGCGAAGGGCAGCGAGGGCACGAGGGCAGCGAAUUCAGCCAAGGGCAGUCCAGGCUAGGCCAGGCAGCCAAGGCUCUCACAGUGCAGCGAAUGCUCAGCGAAUGCAUCUCGAAGUGGUGCACAAGUGUCGCAAGGCAGUGGCACCAAGGCAACAAGUGGUCAUCAAGGUCAGCCAAUGGGUAGCCAAGGCCCUAAGGCGCCUCAGAGGGCUAGCCUUAAGGCACCAAGGGUCAGCAGGGCAGCCAGGGCAGCAUGGGCAGUACGACAGGUGCAGCCAAGAGGCAGCUAACGGCAGCCUAGCUCUAAUUGGGCACCUAGACAGUCCAAGGCACCAAGUUCAGCGAAUUCAGCCAAGUUCAGCACAAGGCGCGAGCAAGCAAGCUCAGUCAGCCCAGCGUCAGCAAUGGCAGCGAAGUGCGCGAACGAGCCAGCGGAAGUCAGCAAUUUCACGAGUCAGCGAAGGCAGCAAGUCAGCAAGUUUCAAGCACAGGUCAGCGAACGCGACAAGUGCACGCAGAAAGGUCAAGCGAAGUGCUGCAGCCUUCACCGAAGUUUCACGAAGCAGCGAAGCACGAAGGUUUCAGCGAAGCUCAGCGAGCAGUCAGCCACAGUUUCAGCAAGGCAAGCGAAUGCAGCGGCAGCGAGUCCAGCGCAAGGACGCGAAGCAGCAAGCACGAAGGGCACAGAAAGGCAGCGAGUUUCAGCGAAGCGGCAGCGACUGCACAAAGGCAGCAAGGUCAGCAAGGCAGACGAAGGCAGCGAGCGUAGCGAAGGCAUCAACGCAGACUAAGGUUGCACAAGGCCACGCGGUAGUUCCAGCGAAGCUAGCGAGUAGCUGUCUGCGAAAUGGCACUCGCAAGGCAGCAAGCGGCAAGCGAAUGCACCACAGCCAAGGGGCAGCAAGCGGCACAAUGCUGCAGGACGCGGCAGUCUCUACAUAUUCUUGCAGCGCUCUAAAGGCAGCCACCAGGCGCGAGCCACAGGGCACCAACGCCCAGCCAAGUCAAUGCCAAGGGCAGCGAAGGCAGCCAAGGGUCGCCGGGCAGGCCAAGGUGCAGCCAAGUUCUAGCAAGUCAGCAAGGGGCGCCAAGGGCAGCCAGCAGCGCAGCAUCGCCUAG